GUGAGGACUGAGGGCAGAGCUUCAGUGGCUUAGCACAGGGUGAAAGGGACACACAGAGGCUUGCUAAUUUUACAAAAGAGAUAGGACAUGAAUAGUGAUGGCAGCAAACAGCGUUAUGUGUCGACCUUCAAAAUUCGCAUCAAGGCCCCCGGUCCACCACCUGCACCUGGGAACGGGCCAGGAGUUGUUGGCACAAGGACCUCAGUAAAAUGUACUGAUGCAGGGUCUAAACAUCUGGAUCCACCUGUCUUCAUACAGCCUCUGGAGGACUGCUGUGUAGAUGAAGGGACUGACAUUAGGUUACGUGGGGUUCUCAAAGGAAGUCUACCGAUCAAAAUAUCGUGGCUGCACAAUGGUGAAGUGGCCCGUUUCGGGAAGGCUUCCUUCAAUGGCAGGGAGGCCAGUUUUGUUGUGAGGGAGUGCUUACCAGAAGACGCCGGUGCCUACACCUGCUUGGCAGAAAGCAGUGCAGGGAAGACAUCUUGCAGUGCUGCUGUGGUUGUAAGAGACUUUGAAAGUAUCUGUGGCGUGCAGAAUCGCGCUUCAAAGACUCCCACUUCUCCAUCCAAAAGUGUAAUGGGAAAUGGAACCUUACCGCAGACUCCAAAAGAUGAGCUACACAAAUUCAAAGGAUCUAUUUGUAUGUCUCCUACAGGCUCUGAUAGGCAGAGCCCAGUCUCAUCUCCAAAAGAAGUCGUCCCAAAGAAGCGAGCCAACUCAAGGAUAGGCCGAUCAUUAUGUUUUGAAAACCCACCGCAGCACGUGGAGGUGAAGGUGGGACAAACUGCCAGGCUGACGUGUAGUUUUACUGGAAGCCCUCCUGUAGCAUCGUGUUGGAUCAGAAACAAAGAACAGAUAGUGGACGGCCUAGAGCUGAGGACAGAAAAUACUAAUCGGAGUAGUACGCUGGUUAUAGAAGAGGCUAAACCCCAGCACACAGGUCGCUACACCAUUGUAGUAAAAGACCGAAAGAGCUCAGCAGAGCACACAAUCACCCUUUCUGUUAUAGAGAGACCUCAACCUCCUGCCUCCAGUCCAGUGAUCUCCCUUGUCUCCCCAUCCAGUCUUGUGCUAUCCUGGUCAGGCCCCUGCUAUGAUGGCGGAAGUGCCAUCCUUGGUUAUGUCGUUGAAGUAAAUAACCAAGGAAGUGCUGAGCCUGAGGUUUGGAGAGAGCUAACAAGCGAGUGUAAGAGUACCUCAUACAAAGUGUGUUCUGGGCUUCAGCCACAACAGGAAUACUGCUUCAGAGUAAAGGCCUAUAACGCAGUAGGACUAAGCGAGCCAGGCCCAGUGUCACCAGUGGUGAGAAUGGAGGAAAGAGACAAGACAAAGGAAGAAGAAGCCCCUCAGAUGUAUACCACUGUGUCUAUUGACUCUUCCCACAAAGUCACGGAACACUACGAUAUGCAGGAGAAACUUGGAAUGGGAAAAUUUGGCAUGGUGUACAAGCUCAUCCACAAAGAGACAGGACGUGUGUGCGCUGGGAAGUUCUACAAAGGACGCCGUGCCAAGGAGAGGGAAGCCGCUCGUAAGGAAAUAGAGCUGAUGAAUUACCUCCACCACCCCAAACUGGUUCAGUGUCUGGCAGCAUAUGAUCACAAGUCUGAAAUUGUCAUGGUGAUGGAGUUUAUUGCAGGUGGGGAACUCUUUGAACGUAUUGUGGAUGACAACUUUGAGCACACGGAGCCUUCAAGUGUGCACUACAUGCAGCAGAUCCUGGAGGGGAUUGCCUACAUGCAUCAGCAAAACAUUGUCCAUUUGGACCUCAAACCUGAAAACAUUGUAUGUGUUGACACCACAGGCACCUCCAUAAAGAUCAUUGACUUUGGCUUAGCCAGUAGAGUAGAUCAAAACACACCACUGAAGGUGAUGCACGGGACUCCAGAAUUUGUGGCACCUGAAGUGAUCAACUAUGAGCCUGUGGGUUUGGGGACUGAUAUGUGGAGCAUUGGGGUGAUCUGCUACAUACUGCUCAGUGGGGAAUCUCCGUUUCAGGGAAACAGUGAUGCAGAGACCCUGGCCUUGGUCACAGCUGCUCAGUGGGAGUUUGAUGAGGAGAGCUUUGACGAGAUAACAGAGGAAGCUAAAAAUUUCAUAAGCUCCCUGCUCAACAAAGACCCGAGGCGUAGGAUGACCUGUGAACAGGCCCUUGCCCAUCCCUGGAUGGCAGCAUUUAAGUCUAAAGAGCUCACUCUCACCAAGAGUCUGUCCAAAGAGAAGAUGAAGAGGUUUUUGGCCAGACAGAAGUGGAAGAAAGCUGGCAAGGCCAUGUUAGCACUGAAGAGAAUGGCUCUGCUCUCUAAGGCGGAAGGCUCUGCAUCUCCCACAACUCCUGGAGGAGAAUCACCCCUGAGCCCAGAGGCAGAGGAAGUGUUGACCUCCCUGGAGCUUAAGCUGCAGGAACCCCCAGUGUUCACAAAGAGGUUGAAAGACCGGACUGUAACUCAGGGAUCCAGUGCCCGUCUCUCGUGUCACCUCACAGGUUACCCUGACCCGGAGGUGCUGUGGCUGUGUGGUGAUGAGCCUAUUGAGGAGUCCCCCACUGUGCAAAUAGAGUAUGAGGAAGAUGGCCAGUGUACGCUGGUUCUAGCUAAAGUUGGCCCAGAGGACACCAAUGUGUACACCUGUAGGGCCACUAAUGACCAUGGGGAGGCAUUUUGCUCAGCCAAAUUAACUGUCCAAAAAUAGAUUCAUCAUAUCAUAGUGUGUAUGCAGAAAUAACAAGUAUAAGUAUAAUGUUCUUGUUGCCUUGACCAGCUGUGUUGUACAUUGUUGUUUGUGGCUUCUGAUGAGUCAAAUAAAUAUUGUUACAGAGCUACAUGCAUAGAUUUAUAUUUUUAUGGCAUUCAGAUAUGGCUUCCACGCUGUGUUGAAAAUGAUGUUUUACGUAAAACCAUGAAUCUGUCUUUUAUAUUGGCUCAUUAUGAAGAUUCCCCUUCAGCCCUAUCAGUUUGUAAUUACGAUUUAAAAUUCAGCCAAAUUCAGCUUGUUGCUUAGUGCCAUAGAGCUUCUUUUUGUUUACUGCAGUUCUUCACACACAAACUCUAGCACACCAAAUAAACAGAUGGAAAUAUCCCCCGGUAAACACUAUCCUUAGUCUCAGCAUGCAGCUUGAUAUCUGAAAACAUAAAUGGCAGUAACAGUUUUUGCUACUUGUUUGAGUUUCUAGCUCUGUGUUCGACCUCAGGAAAUUUGUCCAUAACAAAUGUAUUUUGUCAAAAUCUUUUUUUGUCUGUCUGCUGGUUGAAUUUCAAACAAUACCAUCAGGACCUUCAGCCGGAUACUUCGGUAAAGCCGUCCACCUGCUUUACUAAAAAAUAUAGAGUAUUUGUGAAUUUAACUCAUGUUUGUCAUAGUCAUAUUUACUUGAUACCUGCUUCACAACCCAAAUAAACGGAUACCAAUGUAGGUCUCAUUCUUCGGUUUUUCACUCUCACGCUGUAAAAUCACAUUGUGGUAGCAGAGCUUUAUUUACGGACUGCAACCAGGGUGAGGGAGUCUAAUUAACACAGGUGGGUUUGUCCUUUUUCUGGAGCAGUGUGCUAAAAUAUGCAUCAUAAAGGAAAUGUUGUUGAGGUUUAAGUUGGCCUGAAGAAAAAAGAGUUUGCACUCUCAC